CUUGCCGGGCCGGAGUUGCCCGUUCGCCGCCCUCGGCUUAGCCUGUGGACGGGUCGGAGCCUGUCUGCCUUCGCCCCGGCCGCCUUUCGCAAGGCCACGGCUUCAUCUGCUUUUAUCUGUAACCCCAACCAGGAGUUUUUCCUGCCACUCGCACCUUUCAGCGUUUGUGAGAGCUGCAAGGAUGGUGAAUGUUCUGAAGGGCGUUCUCAUUGAAUGUGACCCAGCAAUGAAGCAGUUUCUGCUCUACUUGGAUGAAUCAAAUGCUUUGGGAAAGAAGUUCAUCAUACAAGACCUGGAUGAAACUCAUGUCUUUGUAUUAGCAGAGUUGGUUAACUUCCUCCAGGAGAGAGUGGGCGAGUUAAUGGACCAGAACUCUUUUCCUAUUACUCAGAAAUAAAAAAAAAAAAAAAAAAAAAAUAAAAAAAAAAAAAGAAAUGAGAUUGCUGCCAAUUUUUACAAAGCAAAUUUCAGUAGUUUGGGUUGUUACUGUUUUAAUAGACCAUGUUUACUAAGUUCUGUGGUGAGGUGAUUAUUCUGGAAAAUGGGUAAUUUUCGUAGACAAAAUACUCUUGAACUGAAUUUUGUUUCUCACUUUGAAAGAUUAUGGUUUCUUUAUUAAAAUAAAUUAUAAGAUGAUACACUUAAGGGUGUGCAGAUGGGUAUUUUUGAUGCAUGAUUUCUGGUUUUCCUUUAGAGUUAUCUUGUGAAAUGGUAUGACCCAAAAAUGAGUGAUGUUUCUGUAUUGGAAUGCUUUAUGAACCUUCCUGACGUGUUAUAUUCAUGUGGAAUUGAUUAAAUUUGCUUAUAGUGUGACAGAGAAUGUAAAGAAAGUAUGUGCUUGGUGGAGCCUCCCCAUACAUUGUAGGCAUGGUCAGAGGAAAUCAAAUUCUUCUCUAACUUAAUGAGUUUUAGAUACCAAAAUAAUAGUGUUUUUUUUUUUUUUGUCACACACUUUACAUGUACUCUUAAUAACGACCUGCUUUUACCAAUGUUAUCAUUUCUGUGUUGUUCUGAGUUUGGGGAGUGGUGGUGAGGAUUUAAGGUUUUGACAGAGGGUGAAUGCAAAAUCUGUAAUCCUGCAUCAUAACAUUGAGCUUGCGUAUCAACAAUAGCAAAUAGAAGGGGCAGUACAAAUUUGAGACCAAUCCUUCAGAUAUAACUACUUGUGUUUUGUUGUUUGUUUGUUUUUUUUACUGAAGCUAAUACAAGAACCUGUGUGAAUAGGAAGGGGAAAAUAAAGAGUUGAUUGCUCUAUUUAAUAAGAAGAAAUUUGA